CUGCUGCUACAGCUACAGCUACAGCUACUGCUGCUGCUGCUGCUACAACUGUUGCUGCUACAGCUACAACUGCUACAGCCUCAUACCCCGGAAGUUUAGCCUCCACUGCUCGCCAAACUUUCUCCACUGACACUGCCUGCCUGUUUUCACCCCCCACAUAUAUACACCUUGGAUGUCGCUUAAAGUUAACCAAAAUGAAUCGAUUGGUUUGGGAGAGCAGCAAUUUCAACAGUUCUGUAAAUUGUUCAUACAACAUUCAGACAAAAUCUCCAAUGGCUGGGAGUGGAGGCAAAAGGAGCUCAAUGAAGGAUACAUGGUCAAAGUACUCUUGAGAUGCAAAGAUUCCAAAGACGACAUGCGUACCAGAGAUGAUCAAGAUCUUCAGUGCCGUGAAGCAGAUCCUUUUUCUGAAGAAAAGGUUAAUGUGGUAAAUGACACUGAGGAAGCCCAGGUCACAACGUCUGAGUUGAUUCGAUAUGAAUACCAUGUGGUCUACUCGAGUAGCUACCAGGCACCUGUACUGUAUUUCAGAGCUUGUUAUACAGAUGGCAGAACUCUUGCAUUAAAAGAAAUUUGGGAAAGUGUUGAUGAGUGUUACCAAGAAACCCUUUCUCAAGGACCCUGGAGCACUAUUACACAACAGGAACACCAUAUACUUGGGCAGCCAUUUUUUGUUCUUCACCCUUGUCGAACUUCUGAAUUAAUGACUCCAAUAAUGAUUGGUGCCACAAAGGAGCAAAGGAAUGUAAAUUACAUCACAAGUUGGCUGAGUAUGAUGGGGCCAGUUGUGGGACUUGACUUGCCAUUGAGCUAUGCUACAGCCUUAUCACAGUGCUAUACCGACCUGGACUGAACCACGUAUGAGAUCAAUGGAGCAAAUACAUAACAAGUCCAGUUGGUUUACUGCUGCGAACAAUCAUCGGUGAAUUCUGAGAAGGAAAACAAGCAUCUUUAUCCAAAAUCUAAUGAACAUCUGCUUGCGAGUGUUAUCAAGCCUUAUUGUCCACUUGCUGGUUGAGAUAUAUCGCCCUAUAUGCUGAAGAAAACUUUGGCCUGUGAUACAGUUUUGUUUUAAUCAUUAACAAAAGAAUCUGUGUUCUUCAAGAUAUUUUCUUUAAACAAUGAGAUAGUUCAAGUUAAUCUGGAUCUGUGUACUGUGCAGUAUAAUGCACUUUCCACCAACAGAGAGAGUACACAUUGUCUACUGGAAUCCUGAGAUGAUUUGGACAUGUUAUGAAACUAAAACGGAUAAUAAAUUAGAACAUUCCAACAAAGGAAGAAAUCGGAAAAAAAAAUUCUAAUAAAUUACAUGCUCUAAUAGUUUAGGACUGAUCGGCCACUCGUUCCGUUAAAACCCUUUCUUCUUUAAACAGCGUUUACAAUGAUUCAAACACUUGGAUGUAUAUAUUUUGUUUUUAACAUAGUUUAGAUUUUCUGCUGGUUUUUUUAAGUGUCACAAUGCCUACAAAUCUGACUUAAUGUUAACACACACUGUGCAGAAGACAUAAAUGAAAAUGAGGUAUUCUAAGAGCUGUUUCUGAACAGCACAGAUCUGAAUGAAAAUACAAUGGAGCCCUCUUCAGGUCGACUUAAGUUACCUCUGGAAAUUCCUUUCAUUGAUAAUUUAGUGAAAAAAUAAAUUGAUAUUUUAUUUUGGGGGAGAACUUUCUCGUAUUUGCAUUCACCGACUGUUUUCUUUCAAUGCUUUAUUUAUUUUUGUAGCACUCAACCAAUGACGAAUUGCCCAAAUAUAUGUUAUAUUUUAAUUCAUUGCUUUUGCAUUUGUUUCAGUAACUUGAUUAUAACACGGUUGCCGCUUAAAGCAUUCAUCAGCUAAGGACGCAACACUGGUUAUUUGCACAACAAAUGCAGUUGACUGCCUUCUAAAUAGUAAAAAUAAAAGAACUCUCUGAAAAAC